CCCGAUUCUCGACGACGGCCGGCCUUCUUUCCUCGCCCCAUCAUUCAUUUGACCUUUCCUUCAAUCAGUCACUCAUUUUCAUCUGUAGCAACUUUGACGUUGCUUCUGUACACUCUUUUCGAUCGUGUUUUGUCUCUCGACUUUCUUUGAUCAGACAAGACCUACUACAACAUCUGCAUUCACCUAUCACUCAUUUUCCAUCACAAUGUUGAAGAACCUGGUUGUCCUGGGCAGUUUGCUCAGCCUUGCCCAAGCUGGUCCCUGUAAACCAGUCUCAUUGAGCACUUCUGAAAGCGUCUCCGUGGCCUCCGCAACCUCUCUUGGUACUACGACUACCACGGCUGCCGCUUCGUUAACCACUACGUCUAUUGAGAUCACGAGCUCCGCCGAUACUACUACAACGGAAGCUGAUGCUACGACUACCACGGCCGAUAAAACUACCACUACGAGUGCCGGGACCACCACCACCUCUGUUCCAUCUGUCCCUACCGCAUGUGCAAUCGACCCUGCGUGUCCGGCCUCCGGAUGGAACGUUGACUACUAUGCCAACGUCUUUGAAGAGGGCUACGGCAACGACGAAAUGUCGGUUCCUGCCUCAUACUACAUUAGUGAAGGAUUGAGCCCUCUCGCUUCCUCCGUCACUGAUGAGACCUACUUUGCCCAGGACUAUAUGUCGGAUCUCGCCGGAUACCCGCAAACCUUCCCCAACAGCAAGUACGCUGGCAAGGCCUACUAUGUUGGCUACACACGUAAGCUUAAUGGAGGCAUCACUGUCGACGCCAACAGCUUCACCCUGGUUUAUAAGGGCUACUACCGAGCUCCUUCAACCGGAACCUACGAGCUCUGCAUCCAGGCCGACAACGCAAACACUCUCUACUUUGGCGAGGGCAAUGCAUUCACCUGCGGAACUGGUGAGCCUAGUGUGGAUGCACCUGCUCUCGUCCUGACGGCUACUGGUUACCACUUCAACAACCCUGUCCGCUGCGGUAGUGUCUCCCUGAUUGAGGGACACAACUACCCGGUGCGCAAUGUCAUGGGUAAUAAGAACGCUGUAUCUAUGUUUGAGUUCACCAUCAAGGCACCUGGAGACACUGCUAGGCACAAUUUCGCAGGAAAGGCGUUCCCUGUUGAGUGCGGUUUUGGUGGUUGAGGAAUCCACAAUGAGGACGACUGGAGAGGAUGUUCGGAGGACCGUAAGUGAGCGAAGGAUGAUGUAGUAUACCGAAAUAAUCCACCUGUCACGAUAGAUAGAAUCUCUCUAAUAUGUAAUUAUAAUGCCUCGCUUAAG